ACCCCCAAGAAGGAAAAAAAAAGAAGAAAUACGGUUGGUUACUCCAUUUUCCUUCCAUGGCCAAGUUCUCCUUCGCCGACGCCGACGCCGACGAAGACCCUCCACCCGCCGCCGCCGCCGGGUCCGAGAAGAGGAAGCGCGAAGGCGGCCCUGCCCCUGAAGACGGGGCGGCUGGUGGAGGGCCGCCCCCCAAGGCCCGGAGACUGGAGGUCGUGGGCGGCGAGCGGGAGGAGAGGGCGGUGGCGGGGUGCGGUCGGGAGGUGGGGAGGGUCGGCGCCGGCGGGGAUGGCGACGCGGCGGGGAUCAGCAUGCGGAUCGACCCGGACCUGCUCGACUGCUCCAUCUGCUUCGAGCCCCUCUGCCCUCCCCUCUACCAGGACACUGUGACCACAGACCAGUUUUUAAAAUGCAUUCUUGAGCCAAUGUCCCCAUUAUUCCUGACAACUGAAUCUCUGCAUAUGGAAGGAGAACUAAUUUUGGGAUUCAAGUGCCAGAAUGGCCAUGUAGCAUGCUUGUCCUGCUGGUCCAGGCUCAGCAACAAGUGUCAUGUUUGUUCUCAUGAUGCGAUCUUUGCACGGAACAUUGCACUGGAGAAGAUUGUCGAGUCAAUCAAGUCCUCCUGCGCAUACGCCAAGUGGGGCUGUUGCGAGUUGGUUAGCUACACGCAACGAAACACACAUGAAGAAACUUGCCUCUUUGCUCCUUCAACGUGUCCGAUUCCUGGCUGUGGAUACAGAGGCUUCACAGGGCGUUGGUCAGGCCACUUCCUCGUCGACCACCACAGUGCCGAUUUCUUGCACUUCGUUUACGGCCAGCCAUUUGAAGUGAAUUUGGAGGCGUCCCUGCCUUUUCUUGUUCUUCUCGGAGAGGACGAUCACCUCUUCCUGCUGCUGAACAAGAACAUGACGCCCUUCGGGCAUGCCUUUUCCGUGGUUUGCCUCAGGACUGGCGAUUUGAACUGGAAGUUCUCCUACGAAAUCGAAGCGGCCAGUACGAGAAACCCCGAAAACUGCCUGCAACUCAAGGCCUCUGUCACAAAUGCAAAGGAGUGGGCGGGUCUGCGCCCUACAAAAGCUUUCCUUUUGGUCCCAUAUGAUUUCUGCAGUUCUACUAACCUAACGCUGAAUCUCUCGAUUGGGAGGUCUGCCUCUGUAUGAUGUGAGCAUGUCAUGUUCUCUUCUAUUCCCUGUGUUCACAAAUGUAAAUGUGUGCAGCACUGUAAAUUUGUUUUGUAAAGUAAUUUCAGCAUGUGCAUGUAGAUGUGAAGGCACUGGUUCCACCUGGCAAUUACAACACUGUAAAGGCUAGUCUAAAUUUAUGGAAGUAAGAGUUUCACAGUUCAUUUA